AUGCGCAUCUUCCUGGAACGACUCACCCUCACACUGGUCAACAUGUUCCUACCACCCCUCUCUGUCAUGCUCGUCGCAGGCCUAGGCAUGGACGCCGUGGUGAACACCCUCUGGUUUCUGUGCGGCGUCAUCCCGGGCCACGUCCACGGCUUCUACGUGACCUGGACCUAUUUCUCGCGCAAGAAGAAGGUCCGCAACGGCCGCUACCCCGGCGGCCCCAAGCCCUUCAUCUACAGCCGCCGUGUCAUCAACGGCGACGCCACCGACGAGCACGUCCGCCAGCUGUGGAGGGCCGAGCAGAGGGUCUCCAGGCCCACCCGUCGUCCUACCCGCGCCCGUACGCGGAAGCAGUCGUCGCCGAGGGCCUCGAGGAGGGCGUCGCCCAGCUUCCACGUCUGA